ACUUCACUUUGAAAAAACACAACACCUCCACACAAAGCAACAUGUCCCUCCCAAAGAUCUACGGCAGCCGAUUCUCCACCUGCGGACAGCGCGUCAUGACUGCGCUGUACGAGCACAACGUCGAGUUCGAGGUUGUCAAUGUCAGCGUGACUGAGCUCAAGGAGCCCGCUCACCUCGCCCGCCAGCCCUUCGGCCAGAUGCCCGCAUUCGAGGAUGCCGACGGCUUCCAGGUGUUUGAAUCCCGUGCGAUUGCUCACUACAUUGACGCCAAGUACAAGGGCCAGGGCAACACUUUGCUCCCCGAAGACAUCAAGCAAGCCGCCCUCGUUGAGCAGUGGCUGUCUGUCGAGUAUUCCAACUUCAACCCGUCUGCUGGCGCCAUUGUCAAGGAGACUGUUUUCAAGCCCGUCUUCUACAAGAUCGAGGGUGACAUGGCUGUUGCUGAGGCCGAGGCUGCCAAGCUUGCCAAGAUUCUCGACGUCUACGAGCAGCACUUGUCCAAGAACGAGUAUCUCGCCAACAACCAGUUCUCGCUGGCCGAUCUUGCCCAUCUUCCGUACGGCCAGCACCUUGUUCGCGGCCCGUUCGGUCACCUCAUCACCUCGCGUCCCAACGUCAACGCGUGGUGGAACCGCAUCUCGUCGCGCCCCUCGUGGCAGAAGGCGAUUGCCCAGUAGAUCUAAUGGAAGCCUUUGUUCGGCAUGUUUUCAAAAGCAAGAAAUUUGUCAAUCUGAAAUUAGUACAUAGCAUUACCAUAGCAGCAACAACAGC